UGGAGCACAGAAGUGAAUGGGUUCCACAGGCUCCAGUGGACGGUGUGAGAACUGAGCUGGUGGGUGGUAGCAGAACAUAAGGGAAUAAAGUGAUCCUUCAGCACUUCACACUGUGCUAUCUGCCUUCACCAUUUGUGUGUUUUCUGAGUCAGCAUUAGCUUGGUUUUCCAGAAAGUUAUCCACAAAGCACAGCCUGGGCGGGCGUCACUCAUUUCCCCAGUGACCUUGACAAGUCAGGAGUUUGAAAGCAGGGAAAUCCGGAUGUCUCAAUUAUGAAGUGGAACAGUGACAGCCCCAACAUAUUUCUAGAAGUUUCCACCGAGACUGCUCACCGCCUGCCUCUGUUACAACAGUGACCAUCUGAGGUGCUUCUCGGGCCCUAAAGGAGUAAGCACAAUGGCUAAGGGCUUCAGCUGGAUGUUGCUUCUUGCUUCCAUCUGGACCAUGAGGCUCCUGGUCCAAGGCACUCUGCGCAAAGAAGAUCUAUCCAUCUCAACGCCAUGCAGGAUUAUGGGGGUUACGCUUGUGACAACCAAAAAUGCACGCCAGCAGCUGAAUCUCACAGAAGCCAAGGAGGCCUGUAGGCUGUUAGGACUGACUCUGACUAGCAGCAAGCAGAUUGAAGCUGCAUUGAAGUCUGGUUUUGAGACCUGCAGCUAUGGAUGGGUUGAUGACGGAGUCUGGGUCAUUCCUCGGAUUUUUGCAAACCCCAGAUGUGGGAAGAAUGGGGUGGGUGUCCUGGUUUGGAAAAAUCCACCCAACAAGAAGUCCAGUGCCUACUGUUAUAACUCGUCUGAUACUUGGGUUAACUCAUGUGUUCCAGAAAUGAUCACCACCACAGAUUCCAUACUCAGUACUCAGACUUCAUCAUAUGCAACAGAAAUGACUGUCAGUGAAAGUAUAUAUUCAUCGUCCUCGUCUGAUGUACCUGAUUCUACUAUACCUACUUCUAAACCCACUCCUGUUCUGACUUCCACAUCUACUCCACGGAAAAGAAAAUUAAUUUGUAGAACAGAAUUUUUUACAGAAACUAGUAUGUUAUCUAUAGAAACUCAAUCAGUUAUUGAAAAUCAAGUAGCAUUCAAAAAUGAAGCUGCUGGGUUUGGAGGGCUCCCCACAGCUCUGCUGGUGCUGGCGCUCCUCUUCUUCGCCCUUGCGGCUGGGCUCGCAGUCUGUUACGUCAAAAGGUAUGUGAAGGCCUUCCCUUUUACAAACAAGGAUCAGCAGAAGGAGAUGAUUGAAACCAAACUAGUGAAGGAGGAAAAACUCAGUGAUAGCAACCCUAGUGAGGAAUCAAAAAAAAUUGACAAAAAGCCAGAAGAACCCAAGAGUCCACCAAAAACUACAGUUCGAUGCCUGGAAGCUGAAGUCUAGGUAAGAAAGAAGUGAGAGGCACAUGUGAAGCUGAUUUCUCUCCUGAUGCACAUGCUGGCCCCAGGGGGGACUAAAAGGACUAAAGAACAGCAACAAAGAAAGUCCUGCCUUGACUCCUAGCUCUGGAGUCAGCUUAGUGAUGCCUUUGUACUGUGGAAUUCACCCAAGAGAAUUAAUCCCCUUCUUACUGCAUCCAUUCUGGAUCCUGUCCUCACCCACUAAAACUCCCUAUAGCCUUUCUAGCCUAGCAGUGUUCUGAUGAUGUCCCAGUGAGGGAGAAAGGAGUUUUGCAAAGCUCAAGAACCUGAAACAACUAACCAGAACACACCUGUAAAAAGGUGAUUGGCUAACUGAGGAAAGGUUCACUUGAGAUCCGAGACGUCACCAGAAACAAGACUUUCUCCUUUGACUCCAUAGUCCAGGCCCUUCAGCUCUGAUAGGAAAACAAGUCACCUGGCAUAUCUUUUUAAGUCAUGCAGGAGCAAAGAAAAG